AUGGCGUCAAAUCAAAAUUUGUCGAGUGGCGAUUUUGAGAACGGUACGGGCGAUGAAUGGCCUGAGUCCGGCGUGGCGGUCAGCCCUUCACUCGGUGCAGUCAAGACAAUUAUCGCCUGCCUCGCAGUUCUAGGUAACAGCGUGGUCAUCAUCGUUAUGCUGCUCCGGCAUAAGAUGUUCAGCUCCUUCACCAACCGUCUCAUCCUGCACCAGUCCUGCAUUGACUUGGCUGCCGGGCUGGUGUUUUUCUGCAGUACGGUACUCAAGAGCCCCAACACCGUUGUUGUGUCUAAGGAAGGGAACCUCUCCGACAAACUGAUCUGUAGCUUGCUGUUCUCUGAUUUCUUCCUGUGGUGCUUGAACGUUACGUCUACGUAUAACCUCGUCGCCAUCUCACUGGAGCGGUUCGUGGCGACUUGCCACAUGGCGAAAUGGCGCAACUCGUGCACUAAAGCCAAACUGAGACGAGGCGCCAUGGUGACUUCCUGGGUCGUGGGCUUCGUCUACUGCUCCCAUAUGACACUCAUGGUGGAACCUGUCCAAGGGCGUUGCCAGUUUGUGCCGAUAAGCCCUUCUCUGAAGAUUUGCAUUGGCGUGUUGGCGUUGAGCAUAGAGUACGUCGUGCCCGUUCUCAUCAUGACGUACUCCUAUGUCAAAAUACUGACCAUGCUGACGAAGAAUCUUGCGAAUCCAGUGAACCCUCGACAGCACAUCAUCCGUAGAGCUAAAAAGAACAUUCUCGUUACGAUCCUGCUGGUCAUAAUCGUUUUUGCGAUCUGUUGGACGCCGACUGAGUGUUACUACGUGGGAACGCUCCUACUUGACCUACAGCCGAACGAACCCGUGUACACCGCCUUCACCACGCUGCUGGCCUGCAAUCUCUUCAUCAACCCGAUCAUUUACAGCUUCAUCUACAAACACUUCCGGGCUCAGCUCAGUGACCUGUUAACGCUAGGAAGAUAUCGUAGGAAUCGCGUCGAAAAUAUCCCUCAAGGCUGA